UAAAAAGCAUAGGUCAUUUCACACAACACAACUACAAGCAUUUCAAAUUCAUUAGCCAUUCAAAUCAGAAAAAAAAAAUGACCCACUCACUAUCAGCUACUAUACUCUUUGCCCUUCUCAUAUUUACUACAGGAAUAUGGAAGGCACAAACAUGUGAACUAACAACCAUUGGAGGUGGUUGUCCUGAUCUUGCAAAAUGCAUGCAAACUUGUCUACCAUGUUAUAAGGGCAUAGGUCAAAUCAAAUACUAUUGUCGCUCGGGAGGUUUUCCUAUAUUACUACCUACAUGUGUUUGUGUAAUGACCAAAGGUGCUCCCUGUCAAGUACCUGGAUGCCCUAAACCUCCUACAGCUGCCUUACCAGCCAACUUCAAUCAAACUCAAAUGAAUAUUACAUCUUAGAUAAUGCAUGUAUUUCUUCUUAUAUAGUAUGAAGGAUUUUCAAUAAAUUAUAUAAUUAUAUAUUGCUCUUAA